UUGGUUAAUGUGCGUUCUAUUCUGGACUUCUGGUACAUAAUAUGCUGCAGUAGGCGCUCUUGGUGACCCGGGUCGAACACUAAACCCAAAAUAGGUGAGCGGCGAUGGCGUCUCGGUCACUUUUUGUCACUCUCAGACGCAACCAAAGAGGCCAAAUUGGCCAUAUAAUGUCCUCUGAGAACUGAUUGCAGUCUAUUAUGUAACCCUAGAAAAUGCAGUGCGAGCCGCAUGGUGGGCAACACUUGUAUUUCAAGAUCGUUUUCUUCAGGUGCUCUGAGUGAAUCUCUCCAAGAUUCUCAGGAAAUUGACGACCUGAAGACCAGAAUCUUCAGGCUGAGGCUGCCCAAGAGAAGUGUCACCAACGUUCUUGAGAAAUGGGUCUUUGAAGGUAACCAAAUCACCAUCUCAGAGCUUCGCCAGAUCUCUAAGGACCUUAGGAUGUCUCAGCGUCACAAGCACGCUCUCGAGGUAUCGGAGUGGAUGGUCGCCCAUAAUGAGUUUGAGUUAUUAGAUUCAGACUAUGCAGUCCGCAUUGUCUUGAUGACAAAAGUCUUUGGUAUUGAUGCUGCAGAACGGUACUUUGAAGGUCUACCUCCUACUGCAAAAACUAGUGAGACAUAUACUGCUCUCCUCCACUGCUAUGCUGCAGCAAAAUUGACUGAAAAGGCUGAGGACCUGUAUGAGGGAAUAAAGAAUUCGAAGCUGUCCCUUAGUGCCCUUACUUACAAUGAGAUGAUGACUAUGUACAUGUCAGUGGGACAAGUGGAGAAGGUCCCUUUAGUUGUUGAAGAACUAAAACGGCAGAAGGUUGCCCCAGAUAUCUUCACUUACAAUCUUUGGAUAAGUUCAUGUGCUGCAAUGCUAAAGAUAGAUCAAGUUAAAUGGAUAUUAGAUGAAAUGAGAGCUGAUCCUGGUUUUGCUGAAGGCUGGGAAACAUACAUUAACCUGGCCAAUCUAUAUAUCAACAUUGGUCAUCUGGUGAAUGUAGAAUUCAACUCUCUGGUUGAAACUGAGAACGGAAUCACACAAAGCGAAUGGAUUACGUACGACUUCCUCAUUAUUCUGCAUGCUGGUUUAGGAAACAAAGGUAGAAUUGAUCAGAUAUGGAAAUCCUUGUUAAUGACAAAACAAAAGAUGACAAGUAGAAAUUAUAUUUGCAUCAUUUCCUCAUAUAUAAUGCUUGGGCAGCUGAAAGAAGUGGGAGAAGUUGUUGAUCAGUGGAAGCUUUCAGCCACUGCAGAUUUUGUUGUUUCUGCCUGUAGGAUGGUUUGGAAUGCAUUCAGAGACAUCGGGUUGACUGAAAAAGCCCACGACUUCCAAACACUUCUGAUUCAGAAGAAGUGCGAUUCUUCAAUUUCGUUAGAGUAGGCCUGAAAAUGAGUUUUGUUUUAGAUAAUUGAACUACAGACAAGCCAGUUUUAUGGCGUCUGGACCAGUCCCGAGUAAUAAACAGUUGCAUGAAAUUCGCAUGUUUUUUUUUCUUUUCCUGGGAAUUGGUAUUCAUCCUGGAGUGCUUCCAUCCAGACUUUCAGAUAUGCUAUUUGGACCUCUUCCAAUUUUAA